GCCGCCAGCCUUGUCCCCUCGCUUUCCUCAGCCAGCAUUGCCUGACCACGUCCCUUCUAGUCUCUCCCUUGGAAGCUCGGCUUCAAGAGCCUCUGCUGGCUGCCGGGAGAUUAGUGGUAUCCCCGUUGGGGCCACACCCCGUGGGUACAGCUGCUCUCUGCGCGUUGUGGACCGCGGUGGCCGUUAGCUCAGGGGGUGCCACCCUCCCCUGCCGGACCUCGUUUCGCUCUCCACGGAUCUUGCGUCCCGGAGUGAAGGGGUGGGACGACAAGUAACACCUUUCAGUAAACGGGUGGUGUUAUUGUGGUUCAUUGUAUUGGGUGGGCGUAGAGUUGGGCAAGCGUGUGGCGUGGAUGGACGAGAAAAAGAGGCAAAAUGUGAAUCCGGGGACGGAGAGAAGGAGCAAGCAGGCCCACUCCCAAGUGUAACAUGGAGUCCUGAGUUGCCAGAGGAGUUGGAGCGAGUUCGGUCUGUACCCAGAGUUUCUGCCUGGUCCCCGCCCUCGGCUUCCCUGCGAGCACGAGCCUGCAGACCCUCCCUAGCUCCUAAAACAGAAACAGCAGGGCAAUUUGGCUCCCCCAGCAAAUGGUUCCAGAACAGCUGUCAUUCUCCCCACCCUGUCAUCCCCUCCUGUCUCCUUCCUAAGGCUUUUAACAGAGUCGGAUAGAGAUUCGGGGACUUGAGAUUGGCUCUGUGGGUGAGGGACGCUCCCUGCUCUAGAUUUUUAUAGGCCCUGCAUUUUCAAAAGGCUGUUUUGAAGCUCUUAGGUCACCUUUCCGGUUGUUUAAAUUUGUGCCUGGGUUACUCCUUAUCUUGGCUAGGGGACUGUGGACCAUCUGUAAAAUGGAGCAGAUGGUACUUGGUCAUUCUCAGAACUGAAGUGCCAAAGAAUGUGAAGUGUGUGUCAGCGAUGAAAAAAUGUUCGAUUUGAAGCUGAUUAUGCUGAAAGAUAAGCUUGGAAGAACCUUAACAGGAUGGGUGCAGCGAACUUUCCAAAGCACCCAGGCAGCUACGGCUUCCUCCCGCAAUUCCUGUGCAGCUGAUGACAAGGCCACUGAUCCUCUGCCCAAGGACUGCCCUGUCUCCUCAUACAAUGAAUGGGACCCCUUAGAGGAAGUGAUAGUGGGCAGAGCAGAAAACGCCUGUGUUCCGCCAUUCACCGUGGAAGUGAAGGCCAACACAUAUGAAAAGUACUGGCCAUUUUACCAGAAGCAUGGAGGCCAUUAUUUUCCCAAAGAUCAUUUGAAAAAGGCUGUUGCUGAAAUUGAAGAGAUGUGCAAUAUUUUAAAAAUGGAAGGAGUGACAGUGAAGAGGCCUGACCCCAUUGACUGGUCGUUAAAGUAUAAAACUCCUGAUUUUGAGUCUACGGGUUUAUAUGGCGCGAUGCCUCGAGACAUCCUGAUAGUUGUGGGGAAUGAGAUUAUCGAGGCUCCGAUGGCGUGGCGCGCUCGCUUCUUUGAGUACCGCGCAUACCGAUCCAUUAUCAAAGACUACUUCCACCGUGGCGCCAAGUGGACAACGGCUCCUAAGCCCACGAUGGCUGAUGAACUUUAUGACCAGGAUUACCCCAUUUAUUCUGUAGAAGACAGACACAAAUUGGCUGCUCAGGGAAAAUUUGUGACAACUGAGUUCGAGCCAUGCUUUGAUGCUGCUGACUUCAUUCGAGCUGGAAGAGAUAUUUUUGCACAGAGAAGCCAGGUUACAAACUCCCUAGGCAUUGAAUGGAUGCGUAGGCAUCUUGCUCCAGACUACAGAGUACAUAUCAUCUCCUUUAAAGAUCCCAACCCAAUGCAUAUUGAUGCCACCUUCAAUAUCAUUGGACCUGGUCUUGUGCUUUCCAACCCUGACCGACCAUGUCACCAGAUUGAUCUUUUCAAGAAAGCAGGAUGGACCAUAGUUACUCCUCCAACACCGGUUAUCCCAGAUGAUCACCCACUAUGGAUGUCAUCCAAAUGGCUUUCCAUGAAUGUCUUAAUGCUGGAUGAAAAACGCGUUAUGGUGGAUGCCAAUGAAGUCCCGAUUCAAAAGAUGUUUGAAAAGCUGGGUAUCAGCACCAUUAAGGUUAACAUUCGUAAUGCCAAUUCCCUGGGAGGAGGCUUCCACUGCUGGACCUGUGAUGUCAGGCGCCGAGGCACCCUCCAGUCCUACUUUGACUGACCAUGCCUGAUGGAGCUUGUGGCUUGGCCCAAAUAAACCUAGGAAGCGUAGGGACACGGUUCAUUCUCCUGCUUUAAAAAAUGCAUGAACUGUAGGGCUUUAAACAAUCAUAUCCUUAACAGGGGUCUUCUGCCUGAUUUAUGUGUAUUCCUUUGAUUUAAGGGAAAUAACUUGUGCUAGGUCUUACUCUGUACUCCUAAAUUUAUUUGCUAUUUGGCUUCAAGUAUAAAAAUUUGGUGAAUCUAUACCAAGAAAAAAAUUAAUUCGAGUAACUUGGCCGCUAAUAUUUAACCAUCUACCUCUGUUUUUAAUUUUCUUACCAAAAGGCAGCUUGAACUGUUGGUCCUAAUCUUCAUUUUUUUUUUUUUUUUACUUUUUUGCUAGACUUGUGAAUAUUUGUAUCACUCCUUUUUUUCUGAAUGAGAGAAAGACUUAGGAUGUACACGAAUCUUAAGUAGAACCAGAUAAUUGUCUCUUUUUCUAAUAAGUAAUUUUGGUAAUUUUUGUUUUUUAAAAAAUAACCUAGACUAUACAAACAUUUAAGUGAAUUUUCCAUAAAUUUUUUUAAUAUUCUCAUCUCAGCACUGGUGAUAUUUGCUACUAAAAAACCUCUUCAUUCAACUUACCUCAUUUCAAGUGAUUUAUUUUAAUCUUUUUCUUCUCUGUCUAAAAUUUUACAGAAAUAGUUAGUGCAAUAGGAUAUAACUAUCAGUUCCCAUUUCUAAAUUUUGAUGUUUGGUAUCUAGUGGAUACACUGCAUGUUCAGUAAUCUAAGAUUUGUUUACAGAUAUGCAAAUUAUUUAAAGUGCAAACUUUAAAAGCAUUAAAAAAACUAAUGGAGGUAAAACCUACAUGUGAUGUGAAGUAAUUUUAAUGCUGAAUACUGUACAUGUAUUUUUAUUCUAAUAAACGUUUGUGUUACAGAAUGGAUUGUAUCAGA